UCUCUCUCUGCAGCUGUGGAGUGCAGAGGUGAACACAACCUGAGCAUGCAUAAAAGUGUGGAAACAUGUCGGCUUUGCUUCUUCUUGGGUGUUUCGGUUCAAGCAAAACACAGGUGAGCUGUGUUUUGGGGAGGAUUAUUGGAACAACAUCCAGGUUGCACGAAUUAAUUUGUAAAAUUCGGUUCCACGUUACUUCUGAGCAACCGAGAGCCCGCUGAGACGCACAGCCUACGUUCAAUGCCGUUGGAACAUGUCCUAUGUUCCCUUUCAAGAUGCAAGGUGUGCCGUCCCCCCCUCCUACCAUCAUCACCAUCAUCGCUCCCACGCCCUCUCCUUCCACGCUCCCUCCUACGAACGUGCUGUUCACGACCGUCCCUCCUACGACCGUCCCUCCUUCGACCGUCCCACCUACGACCGUCCCAGCUACGACCGUCCUUCCUUCGACCGCCCCUCCUACAACCGUCCUUUGCACGAGCGCCCCAUCUACGACCGCCCCUCACACGACCGCCCCCCAAUCCCUGAUCGCUGGAACCCUGGUCUCUGUGUGAGCUCCGGAACACCGCUCUACAUGUUGGACCAGGAGGAGGUACACCCUUUGCUGAUGCGCGAAAGGCGCUCAGAGUCCCACAGGAACAAGCUGCUGCGGCGGACAGUCAGCGUUCCUGUUGAGGGACGGCACCAUCCUGAGAUGGAUCAUCGCGCUCGACGGAAGAGCAUAGCCACCGGGAAGCAGCCCAGCAUGGAGGUCCCUCCCACUGCCCCCCUUCAACCCUUCCGACAAUCCGUGAGUAACCCUCCCUAUCCCCGGCCUCGCUCGCUGCCUCCGUCCCUCUCGCUGUCCCUCCACCCUUCUCCCGCCCUGGGCCCGCCGCACACUUGCGGCCGACGGGCCAGCGCCACCCCGCCUCACCCUUACCCCCUCUCCCUGGUCGUCACCCCCCCCCUCGCCCUGUGCCAGCAGCAGCAGCAGCCGCAGCAGCAGCAAAAGGCCUACAAGAAAGGGCCCGGCACUCCCCCCAAGCCCCGCUCGCUGCCCCUCUCCCCCUCCCUGUCCUUCACCCUGCCCCACUCGCCUGCUGCCUCCUACUCCUCCUCCCCCUUCUCUUUCUGGGGCGGAGAUUGGAGGGCUGCCGGUUCGAGUCCAGUGGCGGGAGGAACGUAUAUUUCACCACUGCCCCCUGUUGAGAGUUUCCUCAGUAGAAGGUUGAAGGGCUCGAUCAAGAGGGCCAAGAGUCAGCCCAAACUGGACCGAACCAGCAGUUUCCGCCACAUGAUCCUCCCCCGCUUCCGCAGUGCCGACCAAGACAGGACCCGUUUGAUGCAGAGCUUCAAAGAGUCCCACUCCCAUGAGUCCUUGCUGUCUCCCAGCAGCGCUGCCGAGGCGCUGGACCUCACUCUGGAUGAGGACGCCAUCAUCAAACCUGUGCACUCGAGCAUCCUGGGACAAGAAUACUGCUUUGAGGUGACUACAUCAUCGGGAACCAAGUGCUUUGCGUGUCGCUCAGCUGCAGAGAGAGACAAAUGGAUCGAGAACCUGCAGAGAGCUGUCAAGCCCAACAAGGACAACAGCCGGCGGGUGGACAAUGUGCUCAAACUGUGGAUCAUCGAGGCCCGAGAGCUUCCAGCCAAGAAACGCUACUACUGCGAACUUUGUCUGGAUGACAUGCUGUACGCACGCACCACCAGCAAGCCCCGCACCGACACCGUUUUCUGGGGCGAGCACUUUGAAUUCAACAACCUGCCUGCUGUCCGCAACCUACGCCUUCAUCUAUACAAGGAGACAGACAAGAAGAGACGCAAGGAAAAGAGCACAUACUUAGGACUUGUAAGCAUCCCCAUCUCAAGCAUCACCGGACGUCAGUUUGUGGAGCAGUGGUACCCGGUCAUCCAGCCUAGCGUCCUUACCAAGGGAGCCGGUGUGGGAGGAGGGAAGAUCAUCAAUGCAUCCCUACGCCUCAAAUCCCGCUUCCAGACCAUGAACAUCCUGCCCAUGGAGCUGUACAAGGAGUUUGCAGAGUAUGUCACCAAUAACUACCGCACCAUGUGUGCCGUGCUGGAGCCCGUGCUGAGUGUGAAGAGCAAAGAGGAGGUGGCCUGUGCAUUGGUGCAUAUACUGCAGAGCACAGGGAAAGCUAAGGAUUUCCUGUCAGACAUGGCGAUGUGCGAGGUAGACAGAUUCAUCGACCGAGAACACCUUAUUUUCAGAGAGAACACUCUGGCCACCAAAGCCAUAGAAGAGUACCUCAAACUGAUCGGACAUAAGUACCUCAAGGACGCUAUAGGGGAGUUCAUAAGGGCCUUGUAUGAGUCAGAGGAAAAUUGCGAAGUGGAUCCCAUGAGAACACCACCCUCUGUGCUCCCAGACCACCAAGCCAAUCUCCGAAUGUGCUGUGAACUGGCACUCUGUAAGAUCAUUAACUCCCAUUGUGUGUUUCCUCGAGAGCUAAAGGAAGUUUUUGCGUCUUGGAGAGUGCGCUGUGCUGAGAGAGGUCGAGAAGACAUCUCGGACCGUCUCAUCAGCGGGUCCCUCUUCCUGCGCUUCCUGUGUCCGGCCAUUAUGUCUCCAUCGCUCUUCAAUCUCACCCAGGAGUAUCCCGACGAGCAGACGUCACGCACACUCACCCUCAUCGCGAAAGUAGUGCAAAACCUGGCCAACUUCUCAAAGUUUGGCAACAAAGAGGAGUACAUGUGUUUCAUGAAUGAGUUUUUAGAGAUGGAGUGGGGCUCCAUGCAGCAGUUCCUGUAUGAGAUCUCCAACCUGGACAGCGUCAGCAACGCGGGCGGCUUUGAGGGAUACAUCGACCUCGGCAGGGAGCUGUCCAUACUGCACAGUCUUCUCUGGGAGGUCAUGGCUCAGCUCAGCAAGGAUGCCAUCAUCAAACUGGGUCCUUUGCCUCGCCUCCUGAACGAUAUCAGUAUGGCCUUGCGUAACCCUCACCUCCAGAGGCAGCCCAGCCAUCAGACAGACUGGGUGACGGAGAGACAGACAGAAAAGCUGCUGUCACGGCCGAGCUUCAACAGGGGCAUCUCAUCCGAGUUCCAAAAUCUAAUGACGAGGGAUCUGAAUAGCUCUAUAGAUAUCACUCGCUUGCCUUCCCCCACGUCCGCUGGAGGGGUCAUACCAUCCCGCCCCCAGAUGAGUUUUCAGGACCGUGACCACCCUCAUCGAGCGUCCUCCAAAGACAUGUUUUAUGUCUCCCGUCCUCCCUUGGCCCGCUCCAGCCCGGCAUACUGCACGAGCAGCUCGGACAUCACUGAACCUGACCCUAAGGAUUCCCGAAUGAACAGCGUGUCUAACCUGCAGUCGGUGGACAUGCUCAACUCCUCCCAGGCCUCCAUCGCCGGCAUGGGCAGCUUCGGAGGGCUGAGCAGCGGAGGCGGUGGCGGCCUGGGGUCGGGCCUGAGCAGCCAGCUGCGGGCCGGUGGGAGGUUGUCAGCUGGCUCUGGCGGCUCCAGCAUGUCCGGUGGCCUCCGGCUGAGCCAGCUGAGCCAGAUGGGCACCACCACCGACUCGCUAUCCCAGCAGCAGCAACAGCAGGCCGCCGCCAUGCGCUACCCGCUUUCCUUCCAGAAUCCCCUCUUUCAUCUGGCGACCGCUGACGGGCCUCAACAACAGCUCCACCACCAGCACAGCCGAGCCCAGCCGCCAGCGCCCCUGCUCCUCACCCCAGAUCAUGAGCCGUCCCACCAGGGCUACAUGCCACAGUUCGCCCACGGGGGGUUCUCACGCAGUGAGGACCUGUCCACCCUCAGGACCAGGGACGGUCACCUGGGCCAACCCAGCAUCAUCCACUCACACAGCUACAGCGACGACUACAGCAGGGCUGAAUACGGACGCAGACAGAUGUCCAUGCAUGUGCAGGAUAACCUCCAACAGCAACAAAUGAUGGGCAUGGCCUCCCAGACAGGAACUUCCCACUCCUCUCUAGCCACCACGCCUCCCACCACAGUCCAACCUGUACGCCAGAGCUCUGUUGCCCCGCCCCCCUCCCAGCGCAUGAAGUCUCAGACCUCCCAUCAGCUGUCGGUCAGCGCGGCCGCCGCACCCGCCGCUCCAGCCAAAACACGACCGCAGAGCGGGAACCUCCUCCAGUCACCCGAAUCGGCCUACGGCGGCGGCAGGCAGCACGGGUCCCGGCAGCUGUCCGUCAAAGACAACACUGCCCCGGGCCUGCCCCACCAGCAGAGCUCUGUCAGGGAGAGCGGGAGUCCACAGGGAACCACCAGUCAGAACGCUCAACAGUCACCACAACAGUCUCAGCCACAGCAACAACACCUGCUCAAACCCACCAUGGCCAAACAGACCUCCCAGACUCCAUCCAGCCUCAAUGCCCCAACCCCAGCCAACGAGCGCACAGUGGCCUGGGUCUCCAACAUGCCUCAUCUGUCGGCCGACAUUGAAAGUUCGCGGAUCGACCGUGAGGAGUUUAAACUGAAGGAGUACUCAAAGAGCAUGGAUGAGUCACGCAUGGACAGGGUACGCGAGUACGAGGAGGAGAUCAACUCCCUGAAGGAGCGCCUGUCGAUGUCCCACAAGAAGCUUGAGGAGUACGAGCGCAGGCUCCUCACACAGGAGCAGCAGACCAAUAAGAUCCUCCUACAGUACCAGAACCGACUGGAGGAUAGUGAGAGGAGGCUACGGCUACAGCAAAUGGAGAAAGACUCCCAAAUUAAAGGAAUAAUUAGCAGACUCAUGGCUGUGGAGGAUGAAAUAAGGGGAGGACCAAUCAUUGAGCCAAAAACCAGGAUUUUCGCUGAUCAGGGGAGGCGUCAGUCCAUCCUAGUGCAGCCCCGUCUCGCGCCUGUCCCACCCCGAGUAUCCAGCCACUCUCAAAGCUUCAUCGAGGACAAUGUGGAACCUAAUUGGCUGAUGCACCAUCGGCACUCCGGGUGGCAUGGCCAAAUGUCCAGAGCCCUCUCUCGUGACGCGAUUGGCUGACAAAGGGAGAACUUGGGGCAUUGGUCCCAUUCUCUUUGCUCAAGGGAUGGUGCAGAGCCCCAGCGGACCAUGUAAGGAAAUGCUGGGAAUUUUUUUUUUAAUUUCACUUGGGCCCUCUCUCUCUGAUUUGAUGACAGGAUAUUUUUUAAAUGUGUUUGACGCCUCUUGCUUGGAUCUACAUUUAACUUUUAGGAGGUAGGCUGGACAGAUAUUGGCGUUUGUUAGCCUGCCGAGCAUGCAAAGAACAGCUAUGCAGUCUGAUCACGGAGGAACACAAAGGCCAAGGAAGGCGCGAUGCUCAAAUUGAGAGAGAGGGGAGGUGUAUUGUGGGUAAGAUGUAUUUCAAAGGUGCUUGACUUCUCUUACAAUGUCAGUCAAAGCUGAUUUACUUUCAAAGCAUUUAUUUCCCUCUUUCUCUCUCUUUCUCCUAUAGUCUUUUCAAAUUAGCCUAUUCAUUUACUCACUCUUUAUCUAUCUAGGAAAGCAUUAUUUAACCGCUUCAUUUCUACUCCGUGUUAGACACACUUGAUCUCUUUCUCUUUUCAUAGUUUUAACUCUUCCGUUUGAAUCUCUCUCAGACUGACUUUAAAGGAAACUAAAUAUGCACAGCCUAAUACGACAAGUGAAACUGCUUCAGAACAAAACACUUGCUUCAAUGAAGACUUUGAAAAACCGGACAGAAUGUUAUUAUUUAUAUUUCUAUGAUACUGCUUAUUCUUACACUAGUAUUUAACAGAAAACUAUUCAUCAGAAAUCUUCCGGAGCAGAUAUUUAUUUAUUGAUAAAGAUAGAUGCCUCUAUCUAAUGGAAGUUCAUAAAUAAUAAUCCAUUUUAUAUGAACCAAGUUUUCUUACUAAGACAAUCUUGUGGAGAGAGUCGUUGCCCUUAAGAACUGUGAUGAAAAGGGACAAACUUGUGUUUACCUACUCCCCUUACAGCAGUUUGCACGAUGCUGUGACCUGUGCCCUCCUUCCUUUUAGUUAUAAUCACUUAAAAACGAAAACUAAAAAGUGGACGGAUGUUUCUUGCCCAACAAUCGCCAUGGAGCUCUCCAUUUGCGGACGAUGUGACGCUAUUCGGAUGAGGACAUUCUUGCUGAUAUUGUUUUUUACUCCACUUUGACUAUGUGUCUGUAGUUUAACCAAGCAGAGGAUGAACUCUUGGUUUCAGUGUGGCCACAUUUCUGCAGUCUCACUGCAGGAAAACUCCCCAUUUAUUUCCAUGAAUGGACUCCACUGACACCAGGCCCAGUUGAAAUCCCUGCUAAUGACUGAAACAGAGAGAGAUAUGUUAGAGGUCCUGCUGAAACGAGUGAAUGUGUUUGUAUAUAAGUGUGUGUACUGGCUAAAUCUAUGUGUAUAUACUGGAUAAAUGUGUAUAUAUGGUAUGUCUAUGUGUAUAUACAGUUUGUUUGUAUAUGCAGAGUGUACAGUUAUUUUUUCCUCUAAUGUUUCUCUCUCUUUCUAUGAAUAGGUCUUCUCAAGUUACCAAUACUGAGGCAUGGAAAGGUUUUUAAACGUACCGAGCUAUCAGAGGCACUUUCUGUGCAGACUGAGAAUAUCAUCAGGGUCUGUCACUUACAGUAUAGCUGCAUUCUUGAAGCUCUCAUACACGAGAAACUCACAUAAUCUUAAGCUUGCACUCAUUUUCUGACCAACUAAAAAGCUUUUCUAAGUAGAUUUGGGUGACCAAGCAAUGUUUGUACAUAUAUAGACUAAGACAAUUUUUUUCCAGAAACCUCCAUCUGCAUUUCUUUGAAAACUCUCGACCUGUUUUGAGUUCUUGCGUAUCUGACUUUCACUUUAGGUUCAUAUGGUAUAUGUUUGCAACGGUUGUCAUUCAGAGUUAUAUAUUUAUUCAGACAACCCGUAUAUAUUUCUUGAAAUUUUGUUCCCCAAAUUCUGCCUCUCAUGGAGCCGUCUAACCUUUUGUUACGAAUCGGUUAGACUGGCGAAUUCUUCCAUGAAAGUAUACUGUCAUUAUAACACUGCUUGUUUUUGUAUAGGUCCUUACUAAAUAAGUGUGCCUCCCCCUUAUACUCUUACUAACCUUAGAUCCAUUUACUCUGCUGGUCGCUCAUCUUCAUAACCCCUUGACAAGCCAUAGCCCCACCCCUUCCCCAAAACUCCUCUAUUGUUGUUUUGACAGGACAGACAUUUGGGGAUUUUGUGUAUAUUAAUGGAAGAGUGGUGUUGAAGAGUGUAUUGCAGUUGUAUAUGGAUUUGUUAUGAAUGUGGAUAUUCUGAUCAUUGAAUUAUUAUUGUAAUAAUGAUAAUAAUUAUUGCCACUUUUGUUGAUUAAUUCAUUUGAUGCGGUUGAUGAAGAUGCCAUUGUUCCUUUUUUUUUUCUUUUGGAAUACACCGGAAUUUAUAUUUUUCGGGUGGGUGAAUCUGGAGAUAGAAAUACGUAAAUAAAUUAAUAAAUAAACAAAUAAUUAAAUUCUU